AUGCAUCCGGCAAACGAAGACAAAACUGCCUUCAUGGGAGUAAGGGCCAAUUUUUGCUAUCGAGUGAUGCCCUUUGGUAUAAAAAAUGCUGGGACCACUUAUCAGAGAAUGAUGGACAGGAUACUCCAACCUCUACUAGGUCAAAAUGUAGAAUCUUACGUAGACGACAUGGUAGUCACUUCCUCAGGAAACGACGUUCAUGCCCUUGACAUACAAGAACUUUUUGACACCAUCAACAAGUACCAAUUGAAGCUAAACCCAGAGAAAUGUGUGUUCGGGGUUAAGGCAGGAAAAUUCCUAGGUUUUAUGUUGACAGAACGAGGUAUUGAAGCUAACCCAGAUAAAUGUCAGGCAAUCAUCAAUAUGAAGAGCCCGAGUUGCAUGAAGGAAGUUCAGCAACUAAUUGGAAGGAUGGCUGCCCUGUCCAGGUUCCUUGCCUGUAGCGGGGACAAAGGUCACCCCUAUUUUCAGUGCCUAAAGAAGAACGAAAGAUUCCAGUGGACAUCAGAGUGUGAAGAUUCCUUUCUCCGGCUCAAGGAAUACCUAAGCCAACCACCGGACCGAGAAGAUAGACAAUACCCAGUCUACUUUGUUAGUCGAUUGCUACACGGCGCAGAGAAACAGUAUCCAACCCUCGAAAAAGCGGCCCUAGCUGUCGUCACUUCUGCCAGGAAACUCAGACAUUACUUCCAGAGUUUCAGUAUCCAAAUAAAAACUGAUCUCCCCGUGAAGCAAAUUCUCAAGCGGCCAGACAUGACGGGGCGUUUGGUGAAAUGGGCCAUAGAGCUAGCAGAGUACGACAUAAACUACGAGCCGCGAGGACCGAUCAAAGCCCAAGCAUUGGUCGACUUCUUGGCUGAGCUCACCUUGCCUACACCACUAAACUCGGACCAGGCUCCCAUCAACUCAACCCCACCUGAAUGGAUCCUAUCCGUCGACGGUGCAUCAAAUCAAAAGGGAAGCGGAGCAGAAGUCGUCCUCGAGGGACCAGGAGGAAUCCUAAUUGAGCAAUCCCUGAGAUUUUCGUUCAAAGCCAGUAAUAACCAGGCCGAGUACGAAGCUCUGAUUGCAGGCAUGCUACUAGCUAAGGAGAUCGGAGCGAAGAAACUGUCAGCUCGGAGUGACUCGCUAUUAGUCACAGGUCAAUUCAACGGUGAGUUCUCAGCAAAGGAUCCUCAAUUAGCAAAGUACUUAGAGUAUGUAAAAUUGUUAGUAAAGACUUUCAGGGUUUUUCGUCUAGAUCAUGUUCCCCGACAAGACAAUAGUAGAGCAGACCUUUUAUCCAAACUCGCCAGUUUCACCAAACCUGGCCAGCACAGGUCGGUGAUCAAGGAAACACUCACUUUGCCCAGAGUGGAUUCAUCCAGCGAAAUCAGAAUAAUGAGCUUGAAUAGGAUCUCUCAAUCUGAAUCGUGGAUAAAUCCUAUUAGAUCCUACAUAGCUGAUGGAACCUUGCCUGAUAAUGCGGAGGAAGCGCAACGCGUGAAGAGAAGCUCAUCCCAUUACACCCUCGUGGAUGGGCACCUCUUUCGUUUAGGAUUCUCAAGACCAAUACUAACAUGUGUGGAGAACGCAGAAGCUCGAAGGAUCAUGUCCGAGCUACACGAAGGGAUCUGCGACAGCCAUAUUGGAGGACGAGCCCUGCUGCUAAGAAUCCUCCGAGCUGUGGAAUACCUAACGAAAUGGAUAGAAGCAGAGCCAGUAGCCACCAUCGCUGCAUCAGGAGUAGAGAAGUUUAUAUGGAAGAACCUCGUAUGUCGAUUUGGUGUACCUCGUCGUCUCAUAUCCGACAAUGGAACUCAAUUCUCCAGCUCUCAAGUGCGACGCACAUGCCAGAAAUUGGGAAUUACCCAACGUUUUUCUUCCAUAGAACAUCCACAGACUAAUGGUCAAGCGAAGGCAGCUAAUAAGGUAAUACUCAAAGCUCUCAAGAGAAGGGUUUUAGCAAGUAAAUCUCCCUGUCCCGAGGAAAUCCCCAGAAUCCUAUGGGCCUACCACACGACACCACAGUCAACCACACAUGAAACCCCAUUUAGCCUGGUAUAUGGAACGGAUGCACUACUGCCAAUUGAAAUUGGGAGUCCAGCAGAAGGCAGAAGAGAAAUAACGCCGGAGUCAAAUGAACAAGGAAUACGAGCAAACUUGGACACUUUGGAAGAGGUUCGAGAGCUAGCAAGGAUUACUGGAGAAGCUACGAAACAACGCGUAGAACGGAAAUAUCGAACCAAGGUAAUUCCCCGGGACUUCAAAGUUAAUGACCUCGUCCUGAGAAGAGCACAUCUGACCGAGGUCGAACACAAAUUGUCGCCUAAGUGGAUCGGACCUUUUCGGAUAAAAGAAGUCCUGCAUGGAGGAGCAUACAAAGUAGAAACAUUGGAUGAAGCCGCCAUUCCUAGGACAUGGAACGCUUCAAACCUGCGUUUUUACUUUAGUUAG